AUGAGAGAAGGAAUUAAUCUUAAGGCUUCUUGGCUGCAAGAAUUAAUCGCAAAUGGAGUUGCUACAUAUGAACAAAUAAAAAUCUUGUUUUUACAAUCUAAUUUAGAGAAUUCCGUCGAAACAAAUAACGAAUUCACACAGUUUAAGAAUCCGAAAGUUACUAUUUCCCAAGAUUGUGUUGUCCAAGUUGAGGAAGUUGUAGAUAUUUCUCUUCCUUCCGCUGAAAGAAUCGAAUUUCGACAAAAUCCACAAGGAACAUUGAAACUUCUACUUAGAAGUGGAGAAUAUCAAUUCAUUGGAAUCGAAAAAGAGAAAUUUAACACAAAUCAAUUAAAUACUUUCACUCAACCAGGAACAAAAAUCAGAAUAAAGAGCGGUACUCAGAUGAGAUAUGGAGUUCUGUUCUUAACAAGUCAGAAUUUUGAUAUAAUAGGAGGAAUUUGCAAAGAAUUAAUCGAUAAACGAAAAUACAUUUAUACAACAGGACAAAAUACGUCAGCAGCCCAAAACAACAGACAACCGCAACCAAAUACAGCGCCAAAUCGGCAACCUCCUCCUUCAAAUAUUCCAUCUCGAGAAUCUGUACUUCCUCCACAAUCUUCUCCACCUCCAGAUCCGGAUCCAAUUGAAGAAUUAUCAGAUGAUCCACCUCCACAGCCUCAAUCUUCUCCAAUUCAAAAGAAAAUUUUACAACCAAAUUCCGCAAUCGAAAAAUCACCUAAAAGCGGAUUUGAAUUAUCUUCUGAUGAUGAAGAUAUAGAUUUCGACCUCAGCGAUUCCCAAAAUCCAUCACCUACAAAACCAAAUCCCAAACCAAUAGAAAAAGCCGAAGAACACGAAGUAUACGUAUCCCAACCAAAUUACACACCAAAGUAUGUGAACCAGACGAAGAUAUUUUCCAUAGAUGAGCUUCAAAAAGCCGAAAUGCAAGCAGGAAACGCUUAUUUAGUUAACGCAAAGGUUGUUUCGAUGCAGCAUAUCUUUAUUAGCAAUAACAAACUUAAUACAAAAGCUGUAAUUGAGAACGAAGGAACAAGAAUGAGCGUAAAUGUGAGUAACAUUACUUUACUGAGGUUAUUGGAAGUUAAUUCACCUCAGGAAUAUAUGGCCAUGGAUGAUUCUAUGAUUGAAGAGAAAAGAGACAUGUGUGCUCAAAAUUUAUUGUAUCUUUCUCCUCCAUUGUUGAUUGUAGAUCAAGGAGAGGUUGUUAAUGGCUUACAUUACGAAUUAUAUGAUUAUAUAGAAUCUUUGUUUUGA